AGCUAGACCUGGCAACCUGCUUAUCAUAAAUCCCAUUCGAGCAAGCGUCCGUCUGUAUUUAUAGGCCAUUUUGUAGCGGGGCAUCAAGCAAAGAAAUAUUUAAUAGUUGCAUAGAUCUCCAUGCACCAUGAGGAGUGCUGAGGUGAAGAAACUGAAAGUGAACGAGCUGAAAGAGGAGCUGCGUCGGCGAUCCCUGGACACCAAGGGGCUGAAGGCUGACCUGGUGGAGCGGCUCAAGGCGGCUCUGGAGGCGGAAGCUGCGGAGCCCGGGGGAGCUGCAAGGGGGACACCGGAGCAGGAGUCGGAGCAGGAGCCGGAGCAGGAGCAGGAGCAGGAGCAGCGGGGAGAUGGAGAGGAGGGAUUCUCAGCCGGGUUGUUGGGGGAUAAAGGAUUCCCGAACAAAGAUUCUCUAGACAUUGGUGCAGGAGGAGCCCCUGAGGAGGAGAGCAGGGGGAUGGAGAGAGAAGGGUCGUCUGAUUCUGAUCUGGGCUUCAGCAUGCCUGUCUUCACUGCAGAUGUCUCUCUCCCUGUCCCUGUUUUCAAGACAGAGGAGACCAAAUUAGCCCUGGCAGAGCAGCGGCAGGGGCAGUCUGAGAGGAAGCAAGAGUAUGAAGUGAAGGUGGAGGUGAAGAAAGAGGAUGAGGGGAAAAAGGAGGAAGAGCAGCAACGUGAUCAGGAGCAGCCAGGGGUGGGGCCAACCGACAAAUGGGAGGAGAAGGCGGAAGAGAAGGCGGAGCAGAAGGCGGAGCAGAAAGCGGCGCAAACCAAGAUGGAGGAGGGAGACAGACAGGAGGGAGACCGACAGGGACGCAAGAGACCACAUGACGAGGACCGGGGCAAUGGCUACUACGAGCACCGUGACGACAAGAGGUCCCGGUCGCCCCAGCCCCCUGCUGAAGAUGAGGACGAGGACUUUGAUGACACUUUGGUGGCUCUGGACACAUAUAACUGUGACCUCCACUUCAAGGUGUCUCGUGAUCAUUACAGCGGCUACCCCCUGACCGUCGAGGGCUUUGCCUACCUCUGGGCCGGAGCUAGAGCAUCCUACGGAGUCAGCAAAGGGAAAGUCUGCUAUGAGAUGAAGAUCUUUGAGGAGAUAGCUGUGAAGCACCUCCCGUCCUCUGAGCCUGAUCCCCAUGUGGUCCGGAUAGGAUGGUCCCUGGACUCCUGCAGCACACAGCUGGGUGAGGAAGCGUUUUCCUUUGGAUACGGAGGAACAGGGAAAAAAUCCUCUGACUGUAAAUUUGAAGACUACGGAGAGAAGUUUGGAGAGAAUGAUGUCAUCGGCUGUUUCAUUGACUUUGACGCUGGCGGUGAGGAGGUGGAGAUAGCGUUCUCUAAGAACGGGGUGUGGCUAGACGUGGGGUUCCGGGCGUCGAGGGAGGAGCUGGCGGGGCGCCCCCUGUUCCCCCACGUCCUUGUGAAGAACUGUGCCAUCGAGUUUAACUUUGGCCAGAAGGAGGAGCCCUUCCACUCCCCUCCGGAGGGGUUCAGGUUCAUCCAGACUCUGGGUAUUGAAGACAGGACCAGGGGGGCUGUAGGACCAGCCAGCAAGGCUGACUGUGAGAUCCUCAUGAUGGUGGGUCUGCCAGCCUGUGGCAAGACCACCUGGGCCUCAAAACAUACUGAGAGUCACCCAGAGAAGAAAUACAACACCCUGGGAACCAACGCCAUCAUGGAGAAGAUGAAGGUGAUGGGUCUUCGUCGUCAGAAGAACUACUCUGGUCGUUGGGAAGUUCUGAUCCAACAGGCCACUCAGUGUCUCAACCGCCUCAUCCAGAUCGCCGCGCGCAAGAGACGCAACUACAUCCUGGACCAGACAAAUGUAUAUGGAUCAGCCCAGAGACGAAAAAUGCGUCCUUUUGAGGGGUUUCAGCGCAAGGCUAUUGUAAUAUGUCCCACGGAGGAGGACUUUAAAGAGCGAACGUUAAGACAAACUGAUGAACAGGGGAAGGAUGUGCCAGAUCAGGCUGUGUUAGAAAUGAAAGCCAACUUCUUGCUCCCUGAGCCGAGUGACUUCCUGGAGGAGGUGGUUUUUGUGGAGCUGCAGCGGGAAGAGGCUUACAAGCUGGUGAAGGGAUACAACGAGGAGGGACGCGAGGCCGGCCCACCCCCCGACAAACGCUAUGACAACCGUCCGGGAGGGUUCCGUGGCAACGGCGGAGGCUACCAGCGCUAUGACGACCGUGGCGGGCCUCGCGGCGGCAAAGGAUACCAGAGCAGAGACGCAGGCGCAGGGGGAUACAGAAGGGCUAAGGAAGGAACAGACUCCUCCUCAGGCAACAACCGUGGCGGCUACAACGGCAACCGCUGGGGUGGGAACGGUAACUACCGUGAGGGGGGGUCGGCCCCGAGGGGAGGGUACAACCGCAACCAACAGUCAGGAGGCUACAACCGCCCGGCGCCCUACAGCAAGGGGGGAUACAACCAGAGCUACACCCCCAGCAGCUAUAAUCAAGGCAACUACCAACAGGGUUACAACUACAGUCAGUACCCAGGAUACAGCCAAACUCAGAGUUACAGCGAGACUACGCCAGCUGCCGCAGGACAGACCUAUAGCCAACAGCAGAACUACAACCAGCAGUACCAGCAGUAUGCCCAGCAGUGGCAGCAGUACUACCAGAACCAGUCUCAGUGGAACCAGUACUACGGCCAGUAUGGGAACUAUGCCGCCCAGGGGCAGGGUCAACAAGGUCAGGGUUCACAGGGGCAGGGAGGUCAUGGGGCAUCAGGUUCCUCCCAGUAACCUCUGACCUCUAACCUCUACAGCAGGGGUCAACGAAAGGCGGUUUAUGGCUCACAAUAAAAUGAAUUGUUCCCACCAAAAAAUGUUUUUAUUUUUAUUUGGUCCAAACAGACUAAUACCACCAGGAAUUCUGUUAAAAAUGAGUUUAAUUUAGGAAAUGUGUUCACCAAGCAUUCCCACAAAUAAGAAAAGAGAUGUGAUCAUGUCUCAAUGUAGGCAAGGUAUGACAUGAUUUCCCCCCCCGAACAUCUACACCGACAAAAACAUUGUUACCGCGACUGAAUAUAGUUACCUACCACUGGUCUACUGAUCUGCUAUCUACUGUCUAUCUACAUGCCCAAACACACACACACACACACACACACACAUCACUGCCUCUAUCACACAUCAUAAUGACACACAUCCGCAGACACAUGUAUACACACUCACACAAACGCGUCACAAACACACACACACACACACACAAACGUGUCACAAACACACACACACACACACACACAAACGUGUCACACACACACACAAGCUCACACACAUUAACAGCAGCUUACUUCUAGCCAGCGUUAACACUAGUGUGUCUGGGUCCUUUUUUAAUUGACCUUGCCAACGCGUAGAGUAGAUCAGACAUGUAGAUCAGACAUGUAGAGUAGAUCAGACAUGUA